CGCGAUGGCGGAAGAAUUUCAGCUAGGUAGAGGAAAUUGGUGGGAAUCAUCAACUUCAGCUUCAUCAACAACAACAUCAUCGUCUAGAAAUAAGUUUAUCGAUAGCGGAAUUUCAUCAUGUACAACGCCUUCAGCAUCGAGUACAACCGGUCUAAGCAGCAUGGCAAGUAACUUUGUUAAUUGGCCGACAGAAAUUCAUGAGGAUAUUAAAGUUAGAUCCGAAAAUAGUUCUAUGGUUUUUUCGGGCUCUGAUUCCCAUAAACGUUACGCCUCCGAAUCUUCUGUUGGUGGUGGAGGAGGAGGAGGAGGUGGAGGCGUGGGGCAAGGCGUUUUAUCUGUUGAUGAUCCUAAUUUACAAAUGAUGGGGUUAGGUUUAUCUUCUCAAGGACUUGAUUGGAAUCAACCUUUCUUUCGGAGUGAAAAAUCCGGGAGUGGUUUCCGUUCGUUAAUUCAAGAAGGGUUGAGUUCAAAUGCAAAUUAUCAACAAGAAGGAACAUGUCAUGAACAAGAUCAUAAUAAUUGGAGUACGCAAAAAAUAUAUCAUGGGAAUUCUGAUGAUUCUUCAGUAAAUGAUUAUAAUAAACAAUUAUUUAGUGGUCAUAAUAAUAAUCUUGAAAAUUCAGCAGUACCUUAUGGAAGUCCAUCAAAUAUGUUACAAGGGUUAUUAAUUUCUGACCUUAAUAGUCAACAACAAGAAUCAAAUAAUUUUUCAAGUGUUAGUAGAUCUUUAUAUUAUAAUCCUUCAUAUAAUAACCAACCAAAUUGUGAUGUCAGUAUUCCUACUUCUUCUUCACCUUCUUCUUGGUCUAAAUUUCCUCAAUUUCUCCGAACAUCGGAUCCUUCAAAAGUAGUACAACAAUGGUCACUCUCACAGCCGCCACCACUAUCUCAUAGUCAGUUGUCACAUUUCUCCGGUGGCACGCCUUUUUGGAAUGCCACAUCAGCAGCCGCGGAGGACGUCCGAUCGGGUUUCGUCCCUCAGCUCCCCACGAACCCAACGGUUGAUGAGAAACCAAAGCACACGGGUGAAGUUAGGAAUAUAAGCACAAUAACAAAGAAAAAUAGCAGUGAAACACCAAAUAAGAGACCAAGGAAUGAAGCACCGUCUCCAUUGCCAGCUUUUAAGGUGAGGAAAGAGAAAAUGGGAGACAGAAUCACUGCACUUCAACAAUUAGUCUCACCUUUUGGAAAGACUGAUACAGCUUCUGUGCUAUCGGAAGCAAUCGAGUAUAUAAAGUUCCUCCAUGACCAAGUUAAUGUAUUAAGCACCCCAUACAUGAAAAGUGGGGCUUCCAUACAACAUCAACAGAGUACCGGUGAUAAAUCCAAUGUAAAUCCAGAAGGAGGAAAACAAGAUCUUAGAAGUCGAGGAUUAUGCUUGGUCCCAGUGUCUAGUACCUUUCCAGUAACUCACGAAACAGCAGUUGAUUUUUGGACUCCCACCUUUGGAGGAACAUUCAGAUAAUCAAAGACAAAGCAUAUUAUAGU